AUGCUUGACGUAUUCCACGGAGAAUUUACUUUUAUUAAAUUUAUUUCGACUCUCGCCUUUUUCACGACAGUAGGGCUGUUCUUCUGUGGAAUCCCAAUCUGCCGUCAAAUAUGGAAAAGAAAAGACACGGACGAAAUCAGCGGUGCCCCGUUCCUUAUGGGAGUACUUGGAGGCACAUGCUGGAUUGUCUACGCUUACUUAAAAGGUGACAAUACUGUGAUGUAUGUAACCGGUACACAAAUUUUGCUCUAUUCUACUUAUACUAUAUUCUAUUGGUUUAUGUCUAAAAAGAAGGUAAAUUCUGAAAUUAUUUUUAAAUCAGAUUUAGUAAAAAAGAGUUAUAAUAAACAUAAAUAG